UCUAUCCCAAUGCACCUUUUCUCGUAAGGCAAUAUGCCGCUCCCCUUUCGGGACCAGUUCAAGCAUGAUAAAUCUUUCUCGGGCAGCAACUCUUCCCAGCAGCAGCGCUAUACCCCUUUGCACGAGGCCAUGGUGACUGCUGCUACUCCGAAAUCUUCUUCCUCUCCAAUCUCUCCUCCCGGCAAUGAUAUCCAAAAGCUGCGUCGUGUCGAUAAUAUCAAGUCUAAGCCAUGAUGAUGCCUACUCCAACCGCUGGUCCACCGAUAUCGAAGCCUAUCUAGACAUCUUCGCUCGCUUACCUUUGUUGUUCGCACGCUUCCCUCUACACUUCUUCCUUUUCCUCCUCAUGUUCGAUAUUCUAGUCUAGAUGCACCAAAUAAGACAUAAUUGACCGGC